GCUGCCAGUUUUUUCUGUGACAAAAGGACAAAAGUGAAACUAACUGCUGCAAUGAUGAAUAAUCAAGUCAUUAAACAGAUUGCAGUAUUAACUGCUUUUAUAGUUAUUCUGCACAAUGGCUAUAAAGUUCAAUGUGCAGAUGAAAGAAAAAAAGACCUGCACUUUUCUUUCAUCACUGCACUAACUGGAGGCUCCACUUCUUCUGGCGGUAUCCCAAUUAUCGACUUUGCUCUAGAACAGAUCAACAAUGACUCUAGGUUGCUCCCAGAUUACAACCUCAAGUACACACAAGUUCUGGAUUCAAAGUGUAAAAGCAUUUCUGCACUGGAAAGUUUCUUGCAACACUUUGACAGUGAGACCGAGCCCACCUACAUCACGUCAAUGUGCUGUGGGUGCUCCUCUGCCACCAUUCCUGUGGCUGAGAUCAGCCAUCACUGGAAUGUGCCUCAUAUCUCUUUUGCAUCAAGUUCUCCCACUUUAAAUAAUCGAGAGAGAUUCAAAACAUUCUUUCGGACUCUGCCCUGCUAUGUUUACGUACCACCUACCAUUGCAACAAUAUUACAACACUUCAACUGGAAGCAAUUAGGCAUCAUCACUCAAGACGAAAGCCCAUUCAACUCUGCUGCCAAUGGAAUAGAGAUAAUAUUUCGAGAACAAGGAUGGAAGCUUGGAAAAGGUGCAAUGAUAACUCCUUCUAUGGAGAAAAUUGAUUACAAACAACUUCUAGAUUGGGAAGAAGACUACCGAAUCAUCAUGAUCAAUACCUUUGAAGUUCAUGCUUACCAUAUCCUUUGUGAGGCCUAUCGAAAGUAUGGUCAGAGACUGCUGGACCAGGAGAUAGUGCUCAUAAUGCACGGUCGAUACAUGACUGAGUGGUGGGAUACAGCCUACAAACACGUCAACAGCUCUUGCACCAGAGAACAAGUUAUGAUGGCUCUAAACAAAACGUAUGCAAUAACCCCUGAGUCGUACGCUUUAAUGGAAAACUCUUCAGCAGUUUCAUACUCAGGAAUGACACCUGCAGAAUUCUUAACCAAAUAUCAAAAUCUGAUGAAGGAGGAACGCUAUUCAAAUUAUACAUCACUCAAUUUCUUUGGGAAUGCUUAUGAUGCAAUGUGGGUAGUUGCUUACGGACUGGACUUAGUGGACAGAUGGGCGCAAAAUGGUACCAUCAUCAGCGAUUGUGACGACAACAAAUACCCUGGGGAACUUGUUCGUUUGUAUAACUUCAACCACACAAACAGAAGGAUGGGCUGCUACAUGGAAAAAGCAUUCCAUGAAGUUAAAAUAACUGGAAUAACGGGACCCAUUAGAUUCAAGCCAGAUGGUGCUAGACCUGAGAAUGUAAUGAGACUUAAGCAACAUAGAGUCAUGCAACAUGGAGAUGGUUACAAGGUUACAAGACCGGCUGUUGCUAGGGUGACCAACGAGGACAACUAUGCAUUUGGAAUUGUUCAAUAUGUUAGCAAUGGCUCUGUUGUAUUCAGUCUCAACGAAAGCUACAACAGCAUAUGGCCAGAUGGAGUUGUACCAUACGAUGGUAGCCCACAGGAUGUCAUAGACCACACUCACUUAGCGAUAACGAUCAUAUACUCCCUACUGGGAAUUAUCGGCCUAGCAUUCGUUGUAGUGGCACUCAUUUUUAACACACUCUUUAGAAAGAAACGUGUUGUCAAACUUGGAAGUCCAAACUUGAACUUCCUGCUAAUUGCCGGGGCAACAUUGCUCUACCUAGCUUUAUUUUUCUAUGGUACAUCAGCACAAGAGCGCUCACAACAACUGGAAGAGACCAUACUGUGCAAUUUUCGAUUUUGGCUGUUCUCUGUUGGCAACACUCUCUGCUUUGCCGUCAUUCUGGCCAAACAAUGGAGGAUUUACUACAUCUUCAGCAACCCAACUCCUAAUAAAAUGGUGAUCAAAGACUGGAUGCUGGUGAUUAUUGUGGCUGUUAUUGUUGGCUUAGAGAUGAUUGUCAUGACAGUGGGAACGGCCAUUCCAGGGUCAAGAAUCACAGCAAAUGCCACUCUUGUCAAUGAUGAUCGUCAACAUAAUGGAAGGAACGAAAGAGUGUUCAUUUUUGUGUGUGCCAGCACAGCAGCUACAGUCUGGAUUGCAAUUUCUUUUGGUUACAAAGCUCUGCUACAACUUGGAGCUAUUUUCAUGGCCUUCACGACACGGAAAGUGAAAGUUAAGGGGUUGAAUGAUACGAAGGAACUGUACACUAUUAUUUACAUCAACACGGUGAUUAUCACAAUGCUGAUAGUGACAGAGUUUGCUCUCAGGAGCCAUCGUGAUGUGUACGUCACCCUGUAUGGGCUGGCCAUCUUCGCUGGAGCAACUCUCUUCCUGGGUCUAACCUUCAUUCCAAAGGCAAUACUGCUGUACAAAGAUCCUGACGGCAGUAAUGUCUUCACUGAGCAUGAUUCACAACCAAAUACCAGCCACUUCACAGUAACUCACAACACCUCGCAAGACUUACUGGAACCAGUAACCGUUCAAGACAUCCAAGCAAAGAUUGCCCAGUUACAAAAACAGCUUGCUCAUUUUGAACAGGGAGAUGACGUGAUGAAGAGGAAUGGGGACAGUAUUGCUACACCAUGAAAACACUGAACUGUACUCAGUAGUCUGACUUAUUAAGCUGAAACUUUUUUGCUGCAUAAUUUCAGUACUUAUUAAUUAUGUAUAACAGACCGAAGUGUAUACACAUCGAUGAUAAAACUGUUCAUGUAUACCAUA